GCAAGCUGCAAUUGCAAGCAUGUGGUGAACAACAGCAUUAUCAAUCAAUCUGAAAACAAGGCCAUUAUUUAAUGACAGAUCCUUGGAGCUAUUCCUAUCAUGGCCCUAAAGUAUGAUACACUUGCUACAUGAAUAGGUUGAAGGAAAUUAAAUGGACGGUGUACUUGUAUUACAGCUACCGGUCCGGCCAGGAGGACCACCGUGGCUGGUUUUGCUUUUUUCUGGGCACGUGAUUUGGGGUCCUAUAGAAUUGAUUGAGUAUUGACUCCUUUGAUGGAAUGCUGUUAGGUGUCUUUGUCCCUCAUAAUCAGGCAAGCUUGGAGAGUUAGUGUGCCUAAUAUAUGAGCUUUGCAUUGGCAUGAGGCUUUAGUUUUUAGCCUUUUCCUUAUUUGCUCUGGCAAUCCUGCUUUCCUUUGUUUCUGUUUUUAAAAGCCUUCCCCAACACUACAUGUGCUUCAUCUUCCCUACCUUUGUUCUUGCUCCUUUUCUCUAGAAACAAAAGAAUCAAUCCAUUUCUUUUAUUUUUUGGUGUGAGAAGGAGAGAGAGAGAGAGAGAGAGAGAGAGAGAGAGAGAGAGAGAGAGAGAGAGAGAGUAAAACGUGCAGUUCCAAUCAUGGAGGUUCCUCUGGCAGUGCAUGUGCCCCUAUCUUCUCGCUCCACUUCUUAUUAUUCUACACUUCCAUGGAACUAGUUCCUUCCUUGUUUAUAUAUCAUACAUUCCUACUCCAAAGUCAUAAUUCCCUAUAGGCUUUUAGCCCUCGAUGAAAAAAGCUGGCUUCCAUUGAAAUUGAAACUUGAAGCAGAUUUUCGAUAUGGUUAGUUCAACACCCUGCAGUCGAUCCUGGUCUAUAAGCGAGGACUCGCUUAAAAGAUAUGUACAGUUUGCAAGUGAGAGCUGCAUACAAGAGUUACUGUCCGCUUCGGACUCUACAAGGGGGAUUGGCAUUAAUAAUGGCAAUGAUGGUUGGAAGGUUCUUACUCUUGAAAAUGGAGUGGAAAUAUCGAAACGAAGGUCUGGAAAUGGAUCAUUCCACACCUUCCGCAGCCGCUGGCUGCUCAGAUCAGUAUCACCGGAGCAAUUUAUCGCUGUUGCUAAUGCCAUAGAUGCUGCAAAGCAAUGGGAUGCUGAUCUGGUAGAAGCAAGGUACAUAAAAGAUCUUGAUGACAACCUCAGCAUCAUCAGGCUCAAGUUUGGAGAUAAUUCCAAGCCCUUAUUUAGGAAUAGAGAAUUUAUAGUCUAUGAGCGGCGCGAAACCAUGGAAGAUGGCACUCUGGUGGUUGCAGUUGCUUCACUUCCAAAGGAGAUAGCUGCUGGAUUGCAACCAAAGCAAAAUAAUGCAAUUAGAGGGCUGCUGUUGCAAUCAGGAUGGGUAGUUGAGAGGCUUGAUGGUGACGCCUGCAUGGUCACUUAUGUUGUUCAGUUGGAUCCUGCAGGCUGGAUGCCCAAGUGCUUUGUCAAUCGACUUAACAAUAAACUAGUUAAGAUCAUUGAAAAUCUAAAGAAACUCGCGCAAGCUUGUCCAAUUGAUGGGGAUACGUGAUUUAUAAGAUUGUAAAGAGGACUUGAGAAAUGAAAAGGACACUAUGAAUCAAUCUUUCUAUGACAUUUUCAAAGUACCAACUCCGAGAACAAUAAUAUCUUUCUGAGUUUAUCAUCAUAUUGUAAAUAACUACCAGAGUGCA